AUGGAAGAUUCUACCAAGCCCAUUCACUGUCCUCCAGACGAAACUGUAGCAUCGAGAUUGCUACGGAAUGGUCGUUACGCCGGAGAAUACUACAAGCCAUUUCCUCCUAAUCACUUUGCACCUAAACCAGGCCAACAAUCACUAGAUAUUGCUAUCAUCGGAGCUGGAAUAGCAGGUCUCAAUGCUGCAGUCGCAUUGGUGCAGUCAGGUCACAAUGUUGAGUUGAAGAUGUUUGAGCGGUCAAAGUUUGCACACGAGAUAGGUGCGGCUAUCCACAUGUGUCCAAAUGCAACAAGAAUAUUGUCCUACUACGAAUUUGAUUUUGAGGCCGCGCGCGCGACUCAACUCCACCAAAGUUCUCUGCUUGACGCACAUACACUAGAAAUUUUGAGAAUCGCGAGGACGCCAGAUACUGUGCGCCUGUAUGGCGCCUCGUACUCCUUGUUUCAUCGCGUUGAUCUUCAUCAACAGCUUCAAAAGCUAGCCACUGAGCCCCGACCAAAUACAAAAUACGUUGCCAAGAUCAAUUUAUCCUCCGAGAUCCUAGAUAUCGAUCUCGAUGGUACUGUAAUACUUACGAGUGGUGAAAGAAUGAAAAAAGAUCUGAUUGUGGUGGCAGACGGUGUCCGAACCAAGUUUGCAGCAAAAGUUGUCAGUGACCAGAUCUCCACAGGCGUCUCACCAACCGAGAAAGUGGUUUAUCGGUUUUUGAUUCCGACAGAAAGGCUCUUGGAGGACCCGAGAACACGUUCACUAUUUGAAGGAGAAGGCUUUCAAGCCAAUAUCGCACGCUUAGACGACCGGCGACUCGUGUGGUACCCUUGUCGCCAGGGUGCUCUACAAAAUUUUGGAUUUUUUGUUCCCGGAAAAAUCCAGGGCUAUGAACAGGAAGUAUGGAAUAUUCCCGUAGACCGAGAAACUUUCUUGAAAGAUUGCAGUCCACUGCACCCUAUCUUGCAAGCAGUAUGCUCAAAAGCGGACGACAUCAAACUGUUCCAGCUUUGCAUGCGAAAGCAACCCAUACCGGCGCUAACAAAGGGCAGUGUUGUUCUCAUCGGUGAUGCUGCUCACCCUAUGCUACCUCAUCAAGGUCAAGGAGGUGCAAUGGCAGUUGAGGAUGGUGCAGCUUUGGGAGUACUGCUCUCAGAUCUUCGAUCUAAAAAGGACGUGCCGCGCCGACUUCAGCUUUUUCAAGAAUUACGCUUUAAUCGGGUCAGUGCCGUCCAAAUUCUGUCGAGCGUUGGGCAAGACGAGAUUCACAAGGUGGUAAAGGCAGCGCAGCCUUUCUUCGAGGGCCCCGUCCCGACCACAGUAGAGGGUCUCAACGACUACAACUAUACCCCAAAUAUACUGCGAGAUGCGCUGGAGCUUUUGCGACAAGACCGCAAGGACAGUUUAGCGAAGCAAGAGCAGAAGGGAUAUGCAUCUAGCAGAAUAUGA